GAUGAUGCACUACUGAAUAACGAUGAAUUGGACGAUGGCGAACAAUAUUAUGUGACUGUUAAGCCUGAUGAUACUGAGGACCUACAACAUCCAUUUACAACAACUACUGUCAUUAAACAAGACUAUUAAACAGUAUAACAUAGUCCAUCUGUGUAACUAAAAGAAACUUGAACGAGAUUCACAGCUUAGCUACAGUAAAUAGGACAACCAGAAAAAAAGUGAAUUUGAUCUGAAAUACCACGUAUCAAGAGAAGAACUGUUAGGUGUUCGUCUUCCGAUAAGAGCAUGACUGCUGUGAAUUUGGGAAAACCAACACAUUGAAAAAUAUUAAUGAAAUUCUGAGCAAAUUUAAAAGUGAUUAAAUUUAAUGUGAAAAUCAAAAUAUUGAAGAUUUGUUUUUUGACAUAUUAUAAUAUCCAAAGAAAUAUAAUCGUAAUUUAUUUAAAAAAAAUUAAUUUGGCCAUUAAUAAGAUCUAUCAUAUAUUUAUAACACAACUAUUAAACAGUAUAACAAAGUCCACCUGUGUAACUAAAAAAAACUGGAACGAGAUUCACGGCUUAGCUACAGUAAAAUGGACGACAAGAAACAAAGUAAUAUGGAUGCUGCAAAGAAGAAUAAAAAAAAAUUAAAAUCACGUGAUAAUGGGAAUUAUGGUGGAAGUUCAAGUAUGAAUGAAGAGGAAGUCCCGUCUGACAAUAGAGAAGUAUCUCAAAGACAAGGUCAUGGUUUCACAGAUGAUCCAAUACUUAUAUCGGAUUCAGAUGACAGCAGUAAUCAUAGCAAUCAAAGCAGUGUACAGUGUAUAUCUGACGAUGAAGAACCGCCAAAUACAGAUGCUGUUGAACAAAUGCCGCAAAUACAGUUGCCAAUAAUAUCUAGUUACGGAUCAAUCAGUGGAGGAUACAUGAAGGAGUUUUUUGAAACUCACGGUUUUCCUGUUUUUAAAAACCCUUUGAUGAAUUAUUACCUAUAAUCCACAUCGAUUGGCAUUAAAAAAUUAAACAAAUUGUGUUAGUUUAAUUUCAGAUGAUGAGGAUGAUUAAAUAUUGUGAUAAUGUUCACGUUACAUGACAUUUAUUUUGUGGCAAGUUACACAAUUGAAGACAAGAAUUUUUUCACUUUAUUUUAUUUUCUGUCAUGUAUAUUAUAAUAUUAUAAGCUAGGUAAUUACUAAAUUACUAAUUUAAAUCUUUGACCAUAAAUUAAAUAUAAUAGUCCCUACACAAUUUUAUAAAUUGUAGCUAAUUACUUUUUGAGUCAUAAAAAUGUGUAUAAUUUAAUUUAUUUAAUAGUUUUAAGUUUAUAAAGAUAAAUUAAGUAUCUACAUAAAGAAAAUUUUGUUUUAUUAUUUGAUAAAAAUGUUGUAAAUAAAAGUUGCACAAAAU